UCUCUCGGUCUGACAAUUCAGAGAAAGUCGCAUGUGCUGAACGAGAACCUUUAUCCCAAAGAGAAGCGUAGGUCGGCAUGUCGACGACCAUUAUGGCAUCUGGGAUUUGAAAUGUAUAUCAUCUCGAAUGUAAUUGGAAGCAUCUUUGCUAUCGGAACGCUGCCAAUUGUGAUUCUUGCACCAUUGGGUGCGUCAACAUUGGUAUUCAACGCAUUCUUUGCAAAAUUGCUACUGGGCGAUGUCUUUUCGGCACAAUCGGUUAUCGGUAGGUUGGAACGUGUGUUUGGGGCUGGGUGGGAGUGUUUUGGAGAAGUAGAG